CAACAGCUAAGCACUAGUAGCAGCAGCGAUGGGCAAACAUUAGCACCAAAAUUUGGCAGAAUUUCAUUGCGGUUUUUAAGUGAUGUGCUGUUUGUGUAAGAAAGAAAAUGAACGUAGUGUAAAUAAUCGCAUUAUAAUUAAAAUAAUGAAUAUAUUCUAUCUGAAUGCUUAGCAAAAUCUGUGAAACUUCAUAAUGCCUCCGGUCAAUUCUAAAGUAAAAAAGGCUGGCGCAGAAUAUGAGAACAUUAUCACCCGCAAAUGCACAGCACUUGAUUUUGAACAAUACAUUCAAGAUAAUAAAACUUUACUUCUGAAUGAUCCAUUGAGGGAUAUCCUCUUAUACCCAACAGAUGAUAUUUCAAGUGUAGUCCUUCCUCGGCGCUGGAGAACUGUCACUACUGCAGUUCCAGAUGUGAGGAUAGCUGCAUCGUGUCCCUUGCUCACGAGACAAGCUCUGCUCAGCUAUGCCUCUAGUUGGAAUCUUAUUCACUACAAAUAUAGCAACUAUUCUGGGACUUAUGUAAAUCUGCCAAGGCUCGUCGUAAGCAAACUGCCUGAAGAGGUAUACGACAUAGACGCGGAAACGGAAAACGAUGAGAACCAACCUACGAAAGUUGACCUCGGUACUAAAGAAGGAUAUUUGCUCAAAGGCCCUGAGAUCGGAUCGGAUAGGCUCUUCGGAAAUCUCGCUUCUAAAUCGUUUAAGAAACGCUAUUGCUCAAUGAUCAGAGAAGCUGACGGCACCUACAUACUCGAAAUUUAUAAAGAUGAUAAGAAAACGGAAACAAAGCUCACUAUCGUAAUGGAUUUUUGCUCUGAUGUUGUUCGUAAUACCAAACGCGGCAGAUUUAGCUUCGAGCUACGCAUGUCUGGCGGUAAAGGGUACACGUUUUCAGCGGAAAACGAAGAGGAAAUGAAUGAAUGGAUUAACACAUUUAAAGCAACGCUAAAGAAAAACCAAGAUAAUCAGGAAACAAACCAAAGCAACGAGGCAUUAGAUAAAGAUGCGGACGUGUCACUGACCGCAGAGCCGCCUCCUCCGACGUACGGCACUCUCAAGGGUCUGGAGCACAGCAUGAACCCCCUCCUAAUCCGGUACUCCCGGGAGACGGACCUGUCUAUAGCGGCGGCGCGCAACGAGAGCCGCUUCAACGUGUUCAUGUUGCCGUACAAACGAGCGCCGUCGCCAGAACCUCAGUUGGAACCAUUCAAAGAACAUUUUGGCCAAAGAAUAUUGCUCAAAUGCGAAAGUUUAAAGUUUAGGUUACAAGCGCCCAUAGACGGGGACAAAGAGUUGUUAUGUCAGGUCGAACCUUACUACACUCGUCUCGCGUUGUACGACGCGAGAUGCGGCAAGAAACUAACCGAGGACUUCCACUUCGAUCUGAACCACGACGCCGUCAAGGAUCUAGUCAAGGACGACGAGUGCACAAAGUCAUUAGUCGAAAACUUUAGUUACGAUGUUAAAUUAGAUGUAAAACAGAUACCGGAGGAAUGGUAUCGGUCGAAGAGACAGGUGGUUUUAUCGGUGAAUAAUCCACAUCCGGACUUAUUUUUAGUAGUUAAAAUAGACAAAAUACUCCAAGGUCAUGUUAGUCAAGUUUUGGAACCGUAUAUGAAAGCGACCAAGGACCCCAGGCUCGGUCUUAAGGUUCACAAAAACGUGCAAGCGUAUGGGAAUCGCGUCGGAAACUACAAAAUGCCCUUCGCUUGGGCAGCAAAGCCUUUGUACAAAAUGUACAGCAAUGAUUUGGAUGUAACCUCAGAGUUUUCUGCGAUUUACCGACAGGAGCCUAAUAAGAUGUCCGAUGAUGACUUAUUAAAAAUUUUAUCUGAUUAUCGGAAACCCGAGAAGCUGGCUCGACUAACCGUUAUACCCGGCUGGCUCUCUAUAAAUAUACAACAGACAAGCGAACAAAUACCAAAUUGUAUGACGAGUGCGUACGCGGCCCUUAAGCCGUUUCCGCUGCCGCCGGCUGCGCCUCUGACGCUAGAGCUCGCAACACUGAACGUGGAGCCGGAGCAACCGUACGCGGCCUACGUGCAUCACCUCUACGUGCGACCGCUUGCUCUGAAUUUCGAAUCUCAAAAAAUGUUCGCCAGGGCUAGGAACAUCGCAUGCACUAUCGAACUCAGGAAUAGCGACACGGGCGAUAAUGAACCGCUACAGGCAAUAUAUGGCCGCACAGGAAUGACGAGUCAAUACAGAUGUUGCGUUUUACAUCAUAACGCUAAUCCGGCCUGGUCGGACGAAGCGAAAAUCCGUCUGCCCGCCACAAUUAAUUCACAGCAUCAUUUACUAUUCACAUUCUACCACAUCUCUUGCGAUAUCGCCAAGAAAAACGACACGAAUGUCGAAACGUGUAUCGGGUACGCGUGGGUCCCGCUAUUGAAAAACGAUAAAUUUGUCGAUGAGCUUAUAAACCUACCGGUUUCCACACAUUUGCCGUCUGGAUAUUUAUCGAUACAACCUCUCGGGCUCGGCAAAGGGAAUUCCGGACCGGAAAUAGUAUGGAUCGAAGGAGAGAAGCAACUGUUCCGGUGUCAUAUAGUACUAGAUUCGACAGUCGCAACCAGGGAUAAUCACUUGCAUAAUCUGUUCAAUCAUGCGGAGAGAUUGGUGAAGAGUAACUCGCCUCCCACGUCGCCGUCUCCUCCGCCAUGGAAUGACGUCUGCAACGCACUGAAAGCCGCACACGCAGUCAAACUCAGCUCACUUGUUGGUUUCUUACCGACAAUCCUAAACCAGCUGUUCGAAUUGAUGACUGUUGAAAAGAGUUACACAUCGGAAAUGGGCUAUCAGAUUGUCAAAUUAAUUGUUCACUUCGUUCAUUUGAUUCAUGAUUACGGGAGAAAAGAUUUGUUGGACAGCUAUGUGAAGUAUGUUUUUAACUGUCUUGAAUAUAAGUUGCACACAGUUCUAACCGCGCCUCUACAUAUGUUUGUGGACCCCAAUCAACAAGAUUUUUUGCUAAAUCAUAAAUUCAUGCAGUACUCCAACUUCUUCUUCGAAAUCAUUGUGAAGAGUAUGGCUCAGUAUUUAAUUAACACAGGACGAAUAAAGAUGUCCAGGAAUGAGAGGUUUCAUUCAGAUUUAUUAGAGAAUAUUGACAAACUGGUCACGAUGGUAGAGCCGUCGUACAUUCUACAACAGCCGAUGCAGACUCAUAUUUUUAAUAAAAAUCUUGCCAUUUUUCUUAAGUCUUGCUUAUCGUUCAUGGAUCGAGGAUUUGUAUUUCGUCAAAUAAAGAAAUACCUCGACAAGUUUAAGGCGUGCGAUCCCAAAGCUCUGUUCGACUUCAAAUUUACAUUCUUACAGACAAUUUGUUUGCACGAACAUUACGUACCCUUCAAUUUACCUCUUCAAGCGAAUAAGAUCGGUAAAGACUGUGAUACUGAUCCUGCUAAACUAAAAUUAACGGAAGACUUCAUCAUGCGACAUUUUCUAGCCGGAACACUACUGAAACAUGUGGAACAGUCACUUCGUGAAGCACCUCAGAAACGCCGAGUGGCUUUGAACGUGCUCAGAACGUUGCUGACGAAACACGAACACGAUGAUCGAUAUCGAUCAAAGCAGUGCCGUGCGAGGAUAGCACAUCUCUAUUCGCCCUGGCUUACUAUUGUUUUAGAUAACGCUCAUCGCCUCGUCACCAAGUCUCUAGCCAGUCCAGUGCUAGAGAACGGGGUAGACAAGGUGGACGGCGACGCUACCAACACCACUGCCAACUGCGCGAAGGAAGCCGCUUCAGUCAACAGUACCCCGCGCAGAAAUAGAUUGACUUUGCAUUUCGAGCACACGCCGGCUCGCAAUUCUACUCACUUCAAAGAACCAUCAAACGUUCAAAGUAAUCACUUGUAUGCAAAAGAUCCCGGCAACAACGCAUCGCACAGUUCCCUUGAAUCGGUUUCGACCAUGUCCGGCGGCGACUCGCUUCCUCGGAAUAUAGGCAAGUUAGAUUUGAGCGAAAUUGGUGAUCAAGUUAAUCGUUUCGGCGUGAUGUCUGCCGAGGAAGUCCGCGAUGUUCUGUUAUGCUUCCUAUUUGUAUUGAAAUAUUUGGAUGAAGAGAGACUCGUUGAUUGGUGGAAGACGCUAUCUGAGGCCUACAUACAGUCAUUCUUUAACGUUUUAGAGAUCUGCGCAGAACAGUUUCAGUAUGUUGGAAGAAAAAAGAUUCUGAGUGAACUGAAGGCGACAACGCCGGACUGCAACGGCAAGCCGAAGCCAGUGAAGGCCAGGACGCUGCCCGCCCGGAUGAGCCCACCGGAUUUUUCCAAGGAACCUCCCAUAAUUGUCGAGAAGAACAACACAGUUAACAGAGAAAAUCUGGCUAAUACUGCCACAAUUACAACAGAAUUAGAAGCGAUGGCGGAACACACGGUGUUAGCAGCAGGAUGCUUGUCCACAGAAGUGGGCCUCAUUAUAAUAGAUAGAUCGUGCUUAUUCAUGAAAAAUCUCGGAGCGGCUAAUGGAGUUAGCGCCAAACCGUAUCUAAAACUACUACAGUGUCCACAAAGCGAAACUCUGUACAAACACCUGUUCGCAGCCUUGCGAGCCUAUAUCAACCAGUUCUCUGAAACACUAUUCGAAGGGGGCAGCACGUUGUGCGCCGGCGUGGUGUCGGGCGUGGUGCGGCUGUGCGAGGCGCGCGCGGCGUGGCUGCGGCGGGAGGCAGCGGCCGCCCUCUAUCUGCUGAUGCGGGCUAACUUCCAACACGGAGCCGGUGGGGAUCUCACCAGAGUUCAUUUGCAAGUCAUAAUGGCGGUCUCAAAACUGUUAGACAGUUCAAACGCACUAAACUGCAAACGUUUCCAAGAGAGUCUGUCCGUUAUAAACUGCUUCGCUACAGGUGACAAGGCAAUGAAAGGAACGGGAUUGUCGAGCGAAGUGGCGGAGCUGAUGCGGCGCGUCCGUACAGUAGUGGGCGCGCGGGCUCGCCUCGCCGGAGUGGGGGGCUCCGGUCUCUCGGGUCUCUCAGGUGCCGGUAGCGUCCACCUCGCGGAGCUACAGCACGCUCUGGCGGCGUCGUGCCGCGCCACGCCGCGCCUGCGCCACGCCUGGCUCGCGACGCUCGCGGAGCACAACGCGCGACAAGGAGACCACGAUGAGGCCAUGUGCUGUCAGUUGCACAUAGCGGCCCUCAUCGCCGAGUACUUGAAGCUGCGCGGCGCCAUACAGUGGGGGGCCGAUGUCUUCGAAGACAUUUCCAAGAACAUUCCACGCGAAGAGACCGGCCUCAAGAUAGACGAAGGAAUGGCUGACGUGCAUUACAACGAACAAGCAUUGCUGGAUCAGUUGUUGAUAUGCGCAGAAUGUGCUGACAAGGCGGAGCGUUACGAACUCCUGGGUCCUUUGUAUCGUCUCGUCAUUCCGAUCUACGAGAAAAGAAAGGACUAUCAAGCGCUUUUAACUUGCUACCAGCAUUUAACAAAAGCAUACGCUAAAGUAAUCGAAGUCACGAAUUCAGGAAAAAGAUUACUGGGCAGGUUUUACCGUGUCGCGUUCUUUGGGAAAGCGCAUUUCGGUGAAGACGAAGAGGGUGUCGAAUUCAUAUACAAGGAACCUAAACUGACGUCGCUCAGCGAAAUUUCCGAGAACCUCCAAACGUUUUACGAACAAAAAUUCGGUUGCGGCUUCGUUAAGAUCAUCAUGGAUUCGGCGCCCGUUAAUCGCGAAGAACUAGACAGUAAGCUGGCCUACAUCCAAGUUACAUGGGUACGUGCGGCCCCAGAGGGGGUCACCACGACGGGCUCCAGCGCGGAGAGCUCGUUCGAACGCGUCCACAACGUGCGCAGAUUCGUCUUCGAAACACCAUUCACCAGCAGCGGCGCGGCCCGCGGACCAGUGCACGAACAGCACUUGCGCUUGACGCAUCUAACAGCCGAAAACUGGUUUCCGUACGUGAAACGUCGCGUGCCCGUGAUCGAGACGCAAGUUGAAGAGAAAAGUCCUAUAGAGGUCGCUAUCACCGAGAUGGAGAGUCAAGUAAUUGAACUCGCCGAAGUUGUCAACACGAAAUCUCCAGAUCUGAAGAAACUACAACUAAGAUUGCAAGGAAGCGUGUGCGUACAAGUAAACGCCGGACCAUUAGCGUACGCGAACGCAUUCUUAGAUCAAACUCUAGUCCACAUGUACCCCGAUGAGAUGGUCGAUAAAUUGAAAGCCAUAUUUAAAGAAUUUCUGACGGUGUGUCAUUCAGCACUUCAACUCAACGCCAAACUGAUAAACUCCGACCAGACGUCGUACCACGAAGCUCUCGAAAGUAAUUACUACAAGCUCAGCGACUCCCUGUCGUCCGUGCUCGGGCAGCCGCUGCACGAUAUACUCGUCAACGGGACCCUCAGUACCACGGUCACCGGUGUAGAAAUCGAAUCUAGUAACGCUUAACCUCCUAAAAUAAUCUCUACAUGUCUUUUUUUUUACUACCUCUGCUGAUAGCCUUGAGAGGCUAUUUCAGCUUCACCCUAACGUGUGUAGGUGAGCUCACGGGGCUCAAACCGGAGUGUUGCUAACACUGACCCUAGCAAGAGCCGUGCUUCGCAGAAUCUACCACCGGAUCGGAAACGCGACCCACUGAGAAGAUCCGGCGAGAAAGUCAGUGGGCCAGAUGUCUUUGCAAUGUAUGAAUUGCCAAGAAUAAACAAAACACAAAUUUAACUCAACCAAUUUACCAAUAGUUUCUUAACUUGUAUCUUAGAAGAAUAUAGUUAUUUGAAUUAAAUAUAGGCGACAUGAACAAAGUCAAUUGAUACAUCGAUAUUUAAAUCAAUUAUGUAGCAGCACGAACAUAGGAAAUGAUAGUCAAAAUCGUUACAAAACUUAAAACCUUAGUUUGGAUUGUCUUGAUAAUAAUAAUAAUAAAAAAUAGCAAGUUAACCAAUACUUUGUAGUAUGUUAAUGAUCUAUUUGUCUAUAAUCUAAUAAUUGUGACAAUAAGAACCUAAAAUUCAUACUCUUAGAACAUAUUCAAUUUAAAACUAUAACACCAAUAUUUACACUUAUAAUAUUCAAAAAAACAAAUUGCAGCGUGCAAUGCGGUAUAUUUCAAUAUUUAUAUUGAUUAUCUCAAACUAACAAUAAACAUUCUCAAAUGAAAUAUUAAAUGUAAACAAAGACUGAAAAUUAUCGAAAAACGUCUCAUUAAAAAACACAACAUAACACUUUUUUUUUUCAUAUCGAUCUUCGCCAAUUGCAGUUUCCAAUCUAAAAUUUAAAUAUAAUUUCCGAAUAAUGGACGUGCCAUGACUUUUAUAUAUUUAUACAAUGUUUUUUUAGAUCUGAUUUUAUCAUAAUAAUCGAUAGCAAUCGAUUCGAAUCGAUAAUUUAUAAGUAGACCUCGAUCCACCCAGCUGAAACAAGAGCACAAAAAGUAGCAAUUAAUACUUACUUAUAACGUUACUACACAAAACUACCUAAAAGUAUAAUAAUUUAUUGACGUAAAAAAAUUAUUAUAAUCGAUAGAUCUUGAUUCGUCUUAAUCGUUUAGAAACCAUUAAGUAAAUAGUAUGUGAUUCGAAAUACAUUAUAUGAAUAGAAACUUCGAAUGAAGUAAUCGAACUACUCAUUGAUUUAAUCUAAAGAAAACCAAUAAUGGUGAUUUUGUAAUGUAGACUUAGAUUAUAUAUUUCGAAUAAUACCAAGAUAUCAAUCAUCAAUGUUCUUAUUAUCCAAAUUAAUAUCAACACAUAAAUAAAUUGAAAUGUUACCUACCUGGUGGUAACUAUGAAUAAAUGUGAAUAAAAUAUUAUCUUUCAUCCUGGAAAGUUGGUUUUGCCAACUGUAAGUUCCUGUAAUAGAUAUCGAAUUUGUUGUCACGCGAAGAACAUGCGUUUAAGUUAUUGUUGUUUAUUUUAAAUAAAUUCAUUCCAUCCCUGUACAAAUUCUGUUCCAGUUUUCAUGUUUUUAUUUUAUUUGAUUUUAUUUUAUAUCAGUCACAUAAUAUAUCUGACUAUAAAAUACUGUAAGUAACAAAGAUGAAUUGUUUUUUUGUUUUCUAUCUUUUCUAAGUUUUAUCGUAUUUUAUAUGAACAAAUUUUGUAUUUUUGUUUUAAUUUAUUUUGUUUGUUUUGUGUAAAUUUUGUAAGAGAUAACUUAACUUUCUAUAAUAUGUGACAAGCCGUGUGCUUAUUACAAAUCGCUUUAUAAUUACCAUAAACUAAUGUGAAUAUAAAAUAUAUUUAGUUUGUUUUUGUAAAAUUCAAAAACCAGAAAUAAGGCUUAAAAUUUUACAAUUUCUACAUUUUUUCACUUCUAAGACAUUUAAUUACAGUACAACAUAAUAGGUAAAAAUUUAGAAUGUAUUUACUGUCAAAUGUAUUUUAAAAAUAUAUUAAUUUUUUUCUUAAUAUUCAGAUGUGUAAAAUCACGGAUUGAAAUGUAUUAUAAUACUAUUUUCUCUGUCUCUCUACGUACUUAAUUGUGUUUUUCAAAUAAUCAUAUAGGACUGUAAUGUAAUAAAAUUAGUUAAUCGAUACAUAAGUAAUCGUAUUAUGUUCUUUCUGUGUUUUUCUUUUAUAUACAGUAUUACAUAAUUUAUUUUAUCUUAUAAGACUCUGCUAACUUUACUUUCAUUCCACUCUUUGCUUAUAAAUUAAUUUUAAUGCAUGGCUUCGAUGAUUUACUGGAAUUUUAAUCCACUGCUGCUUUUAAUGUUUUGCAAUAGAUAACAAGUUUUAUUCUAAUAGUAUCAUGUUAUAUUUGUGUAUGUACAAAUUAUGUGAUUUCAUCAAGAUUGGAGAAAAGUAUAUUGUAUUACUUUUACACAUAAAUUUUAUUUAAAAAAAAUCAUAUACUUUGAAAUAGUAUAAUACACACAAUAAUAAUAUAUUACAACAUAAUUGUCAAACUACCCAAACUGAGAUUUGUCUACAUUGUAUUUAUGGAGGUUAGAGGUAAGGAGAACCGUCUCAUAUGGGAGAAGCUUGGAAAAGUGUCCCACUUUCAGCACAAAAUAACAGUUCAAAAAUCCUCCAGAAUGGCGCUAGCAUAGGCACAGGGUAUGAUGAUAUGAAUUGAGCAGUUGUUAACUGACUGAAGUAUGCUGAGCUAUGAAAUUUAAUAUAUUUAAUGACUAGAGUAGUUAGUGACAGUGUAAUAUGCAAGACCUCCACAUGUUUACGUAGACCCAAACGAAUUUCGUCAAUAUAACCUAAAAUUAUUGCUGUAGUAAAACGUGGAGACAUCGAUUGCAUUUUCUUAUCAGCUUUAAAUAAAAGAAUUUUUGUGGUUUUGUAGUGCUUACAGUUCUUUCGUCCUUUUUUCUCUAUUUUAUUCUAAUAACUUUUUUUAAAUUUACCCGUUUGCUACUGUAGCGCCACUCUUAUUUAGCUGAUUUUAACGGACACUUUUUCACACACAAAGACGGUUCUCCUUACCUCUACCCUCCGUAAUUGUAUUGAAAAGGAAUUCAUUCAUUCAAUAUUCGUUCAUUUAUACAAAUAUAUACGUUCACAGAGAUAUUAUUCAAAAUAUAUAUAAAAGUUGUUAAUUAUUUCUCUGGAAUACCGAUACUAAUAAAUCAGCGCGUUUUUCAAUAAGUAACAUAAGCUGUUUAACUUUUUCUGCUUAAAUUAAUUUAAAAUUUUAUUAUAAUAAUAUAUUCUGUGACCCAUGCAGUACUUUUAAUGUAUUGUAUCAUCACUGUGAUACACACGUAUAUCAUGCGUUUGAAAGUAUGUUCACAAAAUAGAUUAAAUUUACAUUUAACAAAAGUUGGUUUGACUCUUCCAGAUUUCGUUUCAGGCAAUGAUGAACAAGUAUAAUACUCGAUUUGAUCGCUUCUGUUAAUAUUUAUAAUAUUUUAAAGUGUUGGUUUGAAAUUUUAAAAUUAAUACUGCAUAGUCCCUGUAAGAAAUAUAUACCUAAUACUAAAAAUAAAUACUUUAAUGUAAUCUCUAUUUCACCAUUUUAAUACAUUUUAUAAAAUAAA